CUUACCUGAGAGUUUCAUUCCGUGCCGGCUGUCAAGGGUUCAAGAAGCUAUAUAACUUCAAGAACAAGAGACAUACUAGGCUAUAGGGUGUUAUAGGACACUGAGUCACAAUGUCAAAGUGGCUUGCGUGCUUGGCGAUUCUUCUUACUAUCCUGUAUGCAGCUUCUGUCGAAGGACGAAGACAUAGAAGAUGUUCUCCUGGUCAGAAAGUGCUUGACAAAUGCAGGCGAUUAUGCGUCUGCUCCGCAAACAACACCUUAACACAGUGUACUCGUCAAAGGAAGGAGUUCACCAGCAUGUCAAAAAGAGAGCGUAGAAUGUACAUCCGAACUGUGAAGAUUGCCUCGACAGACGAAAGAUACAAGAAAGAGUACGACGACCUGAUCACUCUCCACAUAUGGCAGUUCAUGAGAGGAAUCCAUAACAUGAAACAUUUUCUCACAUGGCACCGAUGGUACCUUCUACAGUAUGAAAACUUGUUAAGAAAAGUAAACUGCAAAGUUACCCUGCCUUAUUGGGACUGGAGUAUCGCUUCUGGGGAUCCCUGGGGAAAUGAACCCGAUGAUCUUUGGUACGCAGGCAGCACUGGUUUUGGAGGAGAUGGCAAUCCAAACAAUAAUCACUGUGUUAGAGAUGGGCCCUUCGCUGAAGGUUCAUGGCAGCUUGUUCCUGCUGCAAACCCUAGUUGCCAGAGAAGACGCUUUUAUGGCUAUCCUCCUGACAGUGUUGCUGUUGCUGAGAUGUUGGACAUCCAUCCAGCUAAUUUCACAGAUUGGGAAGUCUGUCUGAGAAUCAACUUUCAUGAUACUGUUCACUGUUUGAUCGGUGGAACGAUGUGCUCACUUGAUUCAUCUUGUGCUCCUGAAUUCUUCUUGCAUCACGCGUUUAUCGAUAAGAUCUGGGCAGACUGGCAAGAAAAGAGCCAUGAACACAAGACAGUGUAUUUCAGCUCGAUCAACGAACCUCUCCCAGCGACCUAUGGUGUGAUGCCUUUAGAGGUAAUCGACAACAAUGCCUUACCAGGUGGUGUAAGAGUGGAUUAUCUUGAUGUCAACGACACUGAAACCGCCUCUUUUGUAAGAAGACUAAGAAAGCUUAAACCAAAAGAGUUACGAAAGAUAGCUCGUCCUGAUUUUAACGCCAUCAACGAAGAAUCCCUGAAGCUGUUCCAUGUAGAUGAGAAAGACGUCAUACGUGCCAGGCGAGAGGAACGCAGAGUCAGGCCAAAGAACAAGAAAGAUAGGAAAACGUUAAGAUCCCGCAAGGGGAAGAGGCUUGGCCUCGAAAUAUCCGACGUAGAUAAAGCAGAGAAGGGGGACAGGAAGAGUUUGCUUAGAAAUUUGUUGUUCAGGCUAUAAACGAUAAAAAGAUAAUAAACGGUCAUGAAAAARAGCAUGAUUAAAAAAAUAAUAAAAUGGCUCUAAGUAAGAAGCACAAUACUUACCUUUUACUGAAAUAUUGAGUAUAGCUUAGGAUUCCUCAUAUCUAAAAUUUAUCCGCCUGUCAACCAUUUUCAAAUAGAGAAAGACUGUACAAUGUUCAAUUCGAUUAAGAAAAUAAACGCAAGAAUUGCUGGA